AUGUUUUGGAAUACUAUAUUAAAACCAAACCAAAAUAUCACUUUUAAAACUAACAAUAUAUUACAUAUUACUAAUGCUUCCCUAGUUUCUAAAACAAAAACUGAACUUAAACAAAGAACUCAACUCUUCAUCACUUCUGGAAAACAUAAAGUUUUGAUUGCAUCGUUCAUCCCUGGAAUAUGUGAACAAGUUAGGUUAGAUCUUGUCGUUGGUGAAGAAAUAAUAUUCAGUAACACUGGAUUACAUUAUAUUCAUCUCUCAGGAUUUACAACUGAACUUUCUAAACCUCAACUUGAAAGUCCAGAAGAUGAUGACUUACCAGAGUUGGACAUAGUCCCACAAGUUGAUUCUGAAAAUAACAAUGAAGAGUUAACACAUAAAAAGCCAUUAAAAAAACCUAAAGAAGUAAAGAAAGAAGAUAAAAAAUUAAAAGUUUGUGUUAAUUAUUAA